AUGACUCAAGUUUCGUCUGGGGCAUCCGGUACAAGCCAAGCAUUAACUGACGGCAACGAGAAAAAGACAACAAAGAUUGUCUGGAAAGCAGACCCUGAGGCUCUCUUACGAAGGGGGACACCAGUCUCAUCAUCCGGUUCUGUAGAAAUUUCGAGAUUGCGACAUUGGUUGGAGUUGGAAUGCCACAAGUCCGCAGGUCUGCGUGUUCUCGUUAUGGCAAGUACACUUCACAGCGAUAUAAUUGCAGAGAUGAGCCCAUUCAUUACCGGUGAAACACCAUACCGGGGGUUUGCUCAACUGACGAUAGCUUGUUCAUCCGACGAUGCUCUGCAACAAUGGAAGACACAGACAGAAAAGGCCAAGAACACUGUCAUCUUUACAGUAUGGAACGGCAUUUCAGACAUGGGCGAGUCCAAGUUUGAUCUUAUCAUUGCUGGACACCCAGGUGCGCGAGACGAAACCUCCGGUCCAGAACUUGCUCAUUGGCAGCAUGCAAUGACUUUGAGCGGCCGCAUCAUCAUUGCCCAUGGACAGAGGGGCAAGACGAACGGCACAAACGGUCACAACACCCUUCCAGACGCAAAUAUUGCAGAAUUACAAGUGAAAUCGAGCCAUGGUCCAGAUUUUAGCGUCCUGGUGAACCAAAGUGUCAAGGCAACCCCGGCAACUGAAGUUUGUCUCCUCCUACCCUCCUCCAGCGACGUACCGUUACUAGCGAGAACGCUGGAGGGUGUUUUAAAGCAAGAGAACAGGACUACACGUAAAGUGUAUCUUGACGAUGUUGCCUCCCUCAAAGAUCGACUUGUUAUUUCUCUCCUAGAUGAUUCAUUCACUACAACCUGGAACAAGACAGAAUUCGAGCACUUUCAGACUCUCAUCGCCUCUGCCAAACAUGUCUUCUGGAUUACUACUGGUACUCAAAUGCUUACAAGCUCCGAGGCCGGUCUGAAGGGUGCUCCCUUGCUGGGUUUGCUACGCGUGUUGCGAAAUGAGUUCCCUCAGAUUACUCUAGCACACAUAGAUCUCUCCCCGACCUUUGAUGUUUCGAGUGCUCGAGGGGUCGAAUUGAUAGUGGACAGCUGGAAGACUUCAGUUGAUGACACCGCCACUGAAAAAGACUUGGAACUGGCCGAAGUCAACGGUAAUAUAUUUUUACCUCGGGUGGUCGAACAUGCGUCAAUGGAUGCUGAGAUUGCAUCAUCGAAAGGGCUAGCUCGGCCAGCCUCGAAAGACAUUUCGACCUGCGGGCCUUUGCGUCUUGUUACUGGUCACAUGGAUGUACGGGAGCUUGCUUGGGAGAAUGAUGAUGAGGCAGAUAAACCUCUCGGUCCGGAAGAGGUGGAAGUUUCCGUGGCCGACAUCUCAAUUGACCCAUUCGGUUCCAAUGACGGUGAAAAUCUAGGCAGCCAACUAACCGGUCGAGUUGUUCAAUAUGGUUCAGAGGUCACAGGGCUUCUUAAAGGCGAUCGCGUUGCCGUUUUUGGCUCAAGAGUCUGCAGAACUCAUGUUCGCCGACAUCAAUCACUGUUGCUCAAGCUUGACGAACAUGUUCCUCUCCAAGGCUCUGCUGCUAGUAUAUGGACCUUAAUGCUGGCGUAUCAUGUAUUGAAGCACAUCACGUAUCUCGCUAGCGGCAAUAGCAUUCUGAUUCAAAACGGUGCCACAGAGUUGGGUCAAGCUCUUCUUCGUCUUGCUAGCCAGACUGAAAAGGCCAAAAUAUUCGCAACAGUCAAAAAUGCAGAACAAAAAUCUCAGCUUUUGCAGACUUUUCGUCUGCCUAAAGAGUCCAUCAUCAUUGUCAACCAACACGAAAAGAAUGCUUCUCUCGCUUCUUAUCUGGUGCUGAAGACUCAGGGUGUUGGCAUAGAUAUCAUGGUGUCUUCUGGCCUAGGCGCUACAAUCGACGAUGAUCUAGCCACUUGUCUUUCAGACUUUGGCCGUCUUGCCGUCGUACUCGGACCUGGACAAGCUUUUCAAACGCCUCCAGGUCUCUUACAAGGCAAUGUCAGCUUCUCGACCAUAGAUCCAGUUCGUCUCAUCUUAGAACAACCCCGAUUGGUUUCUAGACUCUUACAGAAUAUUCGCCAACUCAUCAAUGAUGGCAUCAGGCCCGAGUGUGGCCGCGCUCCUUGGAGCAGCAACGUCACGGCAGGAUGCUUUGGUCAUCAUACAAGAUACACUAAAGAAGAUUCUUGCCCCGGGCCUUGGUAUUCAACCAGGUGA